UUGGUUGGCCUGUCAUCGUCGUUUUCUCUCUUCUUUCGGUCCGGAAUCGCUAAUCACCAUCGUUCUUUCGUCGCCGUCGUAACAAUCCGUGUCCGUGGUCUUCCGGCGUGUAAAAUAUUGUGUACAGCUGUUUGGAUACUUUUGUGUGAUUCCGCAAAGAAUGGCUGCCUGUACGGAAGUGCUGAAACGGGAAUUCCCGUCGAUCGAUGGCGAACUGCUGACCUACGUGGAAGACGUUCUGCAGAGCGGCGCGGACGAGUUCGAAGACGGCGAGGAGGUUUACGAGGCGAUUGGGGCGAUCCUCCACGAGGUCUCGCAGGACAAGACCGAGGAGGACAUCCGGCAGAUCUGCGAGGUCUUUCUGGAUCUGUUGAAACCCCGGAGCGGUGAUUCGGGCGGGGGUGGUGGCGGUGGUAGGAAAAUAUUGGGAGCGCCGAUUAAUUUGAAGGAGGUGGCCGCAUCGCAGGAUGCAGUUCAGGAGGACAUUCAAAGUAUUUGGGUCGUAUCGAGAGAUGAUAGUUUGAAGGUGGAUUCGAAGAAGUUGGAGAAAGCGGAAGCCAAGCGGCAGCAAAAGCUGGAAAAGAGGGAGCAAACUAAAGUGACGCCGGGUGUGGGGACGAUUCCGGUGCUGCAAAUGGCCACUGCGUCGCAGGUCAUCAGCAAGAAAGAUAAUAAGAUGGAGGCUAAGGGCACGAAUCGGUCGAUGGAUAUCCGGAUCGAGAACUUUGAUGUGUCGUUCGGGGACAAAGUUCUGCUGCAGAAUGCGGAUAUGCUACUAGCUUGUGGUCGUCGCUACGGGUUUGUGGGACGAAACGGUCUGGGAAAGACAACACUGUUGAAAAUGAUUUCCGGAAAGCAGCUUCAGAUUCCAAGUCACAUAACUAUUUUACACGUCGAGCAGGAAGUGGUUGGAGAUGACACCUUGGCGAUCGAUAGUGUUCUGGAAGUAGACACCGUGCGGACAGAUCUACUGAACAAGGAGAAGGAACUGAACGCUCAAAUCAACGCCGGUUCCAGUGAUCCGGAACUGAGCCACGAACUGUCGGAGGUUUACGUACAGUUGCAGAACAUUGAAGCGGACAAAGCGCCAGCACGUGCCUCCAUUAUCUUGAACGGUCUUGGUUUCACCAAAGAGAUGCAAGCACGUGCCACGCGAACCUUUUCCGGUGGUUGGCGAAUGCGUUUGGCCCUUGCCAGGGCCCUCUUCUCCAAGCCGGACUUGCUGCUGCUUGAUGAACCGACGAACAUGUUGGACAUAAAGGCCAUCAUCUGGCUCGAGAACUACCUCCAAACAUGGCCUACAACGUUGCUGGUCGUGUCCCACGACCGGAACUUCCUCGACACCGUUCCCACGGACAUCCUCUAUUUGCACUCGCAACGGAUCGACGUCUACAAGGGCAACUACGAACAGUUUGACAAAACCCGAACGGAGAAACAUAAGGCCCAACGGCGGGAGUACGAAGCCCAGCUGGCUCAUCGGAAUCACGUGCAGGAGUUCAUCGAUCGCUUCCGGUACAAUGCCAACCGGGCCGCUAGCGUGCAAUCCAAGAUUAAGAUGUUGGAGAAGUUACCGGAGCUGAAACCUGUGGAGAAGGAAAUCGAAGUGACGAUCAAAUUCCCAGAAGUGGAACCGUUGAACCCGCCCGUUCUUCAACUGAACGAAGUUCAAUUCAAAUACUCCUCCGAAAAGGUGAUAUUCAAUCUGGUCAAUCUCAGCGCGAAUCUAGACUCCAGAAUCUGCAUCGUGGGCGAGAACGGCGCCGGUAAGACCACCCUCCUCAAAAUCAUCACCGGCCACCUGCAACCGACCGGCGGGCUGAUACACCCGCAUCGGGGUCUCCGGUUGGGUUACUUCGCGCAGCACCACGUCGACCAGCUGGACAUGAGCGUCAACUGCGUGGAACUGCUGCAGAAUGCCUACCCGGGCAAACCGAUCGAAGAGUAUCGGCGGGUGCUGGGCAGUUUUGGUGUGUCGGGCGAUCUGGCCAUGCAGGUGGUGGCGUCCCUUUCGGGAGGACAGAAGUCGCGCGUGGCACUGGCCAAGAUGUGCAUGGGCCGACCGAACUUCCUGGUGCUCGAUGAACCGACCAAUCACCUGGAUAUCGAGACGAUAGAGGCCCUCGGAAAGGCGAUCAACAAGUAUUCGGGUGGUGUAAUUUUGGUAUCUCACGACGAACGACUUAUCCGGAUGAUCUGCAAGGAGCUGUGGGUGUGCGGUGGCGGAACCGUUCGGAGCGUCGAAGGUGGAUUCGAUGAGUAUAGGAAAAUUGUGGAAAAGGAGCUGGAGGCUGCUGCAACGUAGGAGAGUUUCGAUUGUUGAAACCAGUCGAUUGACAUUAUUAUUAUUAUUAUCGAUUGAUUAUCUACCUUGAAAGAACAUAAUAUUAUUGCUAUUAUUAUUACGCUUUAUAACAAGUAUACAAGUGGACGAGAGGAAAAGUUGUAGAGGAAUGCAAUUAUAGAUCCCAGCAAAGCACAUAAA